CUGGAGCCGCAAAAUGGCGGACACAAUGAGCAGGAGCCGCUGCCGCCGUCUCCUUACCGCAGCUUAAAACGAGCCCGCCUAAGGGCGCUUUCCUUCAGCUCGGCCUGCCUUCCCUUCCCGCCGUUUCCGUUCCCUCCCCGUGAGGUAGUCUCUUCUCCCUUUCCCGCUUCCCCUCACGUUUCCCGGCGCGCAGGCCCCGCCGGCUCCCCUUUCUCCUGGCGGCGGCGGCGGCAUGAAGCUGACGGACAACGUGUUGCGGAGCUUCCGCGUGGCCAAGGUGUUCCGCGAAAACUCGGACAAGAUCAACUGCUUCGACUUCAGCCCCAACGGCGAGACCGUCAUCUCCAGCAGUGACGACGACUCCAUCGUGCUCUACGACUGCCAGGAGGGCAAACCAAAGAGAACACUAUACAGUAAAAAAUAUGGAGUGGAUCUCAUCAGGUACACACAUGCUGCCAACACUGUGGUGUACAGUUCCAAUAAAAUAGAUGAUACAAUCAGAUACCUCUCACUGCAUGACAAUAAAUACAUCAGAUACUUCCCAGGACACAACAAGAGAGUUGUUGCUCUAUCUAUGUCUCCAGUGGAUGAUACCUUUAUUUCUGGGUCACUUGAUAAGACCAUCAGACUUUGGGAUCUUCGGUCUCCAAAUUGCCAGGGUUUGAUGCAUCCUCAAGGGAAGCCUGUGUGCUCAUUUGAUCCAGAGGGCUUGAUUUUUGCAGCUGGAGUUAAUUCCGAAAUGGUUAAACUUUAUGAUCUUCGUUCUUUCGACAAGGGUCCAUUUGCUACCUUUAAGAUGCAGUAUGACCGAACCUGUGAGUGGACUGGGUUGAAGUUCAGCAAUGAUGGUAAACUUGUUCUUAUAUCAACCAAUGGAGGGUUCAUCCGACUCAUUGAUGCCUUUAAAGGAGCCGUUCUUCAUACAUUUACGGGAUAUAACAACAGUAAAGCUGUCACACUGGAGGCUUCAUUCACCCCAGAUUCCCAGUUUAUAAUGAUUGGAUCAGAGGAUGGGAAAAUCCACGUCUGGAAUGGGGAGACUGGAAUGAAGGUAGCAGUGCUGGAUGGGAAACACACAGGUCCCAUUACCUGUUUACAAUUCAACCCCAAGUUUAUGACCUUUGCCAGUGCGUGCUCUAAUAUGGCCUUUUGGUUACCAACUAUAGAUGACUAGUUCUGGAUUCAUCAUUUCCAUUGGCCGGGUUUCAUGCUGUAUUGACAGCAACGUGAUUUGUGAAGACCACAAUGAAAGAAUUGGGAUUGCUUCACUCAGAAUGAAUGUUCCCAUCCAAAGCAUCCUAUGUAUGUUUUGCUGCAGACUCUUUGUUACAUUUCCUCAAAAGGAUUUCUUCAUCUGGCUGUGCAUUACUGGUCUGGAAACUCGAGAAGGAGAUCUGGCAGCAUCUCAACUUCUCCCAGAACUCAUUCCAGCUGAUCUCAAGUUAACACCUUUGCUCUGGAGUAUAUUCUGGCUCUAUUUUGCCACUUCUAAUACAUAUUAUUACUUCAGUCCCUUUUGAUUUUAAAAAAGGGUUAUCACUUGUAAAACACCUGGGAUGCUGGGCUUUUUUAAAAGUGAACUUUCCAGUGUGUUCUUUACAGUCAGAAAUAUCAAAAGUAUCUAUGCUGUGCACUCUUCAGCAAAUAUUUCUUUGUACUAUAUACAACACUGUGCCAUAUAUACAGGUAACUACUCAGUUGCUGGAGGAAGUUUCUAGGGCUACUCUGUCCUGUACCUGUGCGAAGUGCUGAUGCUUCUUUGACUUUUGAGCUCCCAAGAGACCAUGUAGGAGCUUUGGCCCUUUGCCAUGGACAGCAUCUGGGACAUGCACCUACUUGGGGUUGCUCCGAUGAAAAAUCCUAAGCAAUACUGGAGGCUUUCAGUUGGAAAAUGCUCUCAAAUGGACUGGAUGGAAAUGCACUCCCUAUACCGAUUCCUUAAGUGUAAUCCUAGCUGAUUGUGUAAAUACCUGGGGGUGGGGUGGAAAAGGCAUUGUAUUUUUUUACUAUUAGAUAUUAAAAAGCAACACUUGGACCAAU